CUACUCAUAUACUAUUUGUAGUAUAUCUUUUUAGGUUUUGUUGCUUAUAUAUUUUCUAAUUUUUCAUUAAUUUACGACGUAAAUUCCAAUCAUAUGAAAAAUAAAUUAUCAGGAUCCAUAAGUGUUACUUUAUUUAUUUUACUAGGUAAAACAAAAGAUAUUGUUGCACAAUAAUGGGAAAUGCUGGAAGUAAUCAAACAGUCAAUCAUACUCAUACUUCAGGUAGAGAUCAUCGGCACAGUAAAGAACAUGGACCACCUUCCCCAGGAAAGGAAGGCCAGGCAUUUGUUUUUGACAAAAAGUCGAAUCAAAAGCUAAUUUUCCAAUCGUCUCAAGAAGAAGAAGAGCCCUAUUAUACAAAAAUAAAACAACGUGAUGGAGAUAAUUUUGGUGGAACACGUCCCAGAUCAAAUACAGUAUCCGAAGGAACAAAAGUUACCGAUAGCAAAGUAUUGCCUACAGUUUUUAAAUGGGAAGGAGGUGGAAAACAAGCAUAUAUCAGUGGAACGUUCACAGGAUGGAAAACAUUACCUAUGGUAAAGAGUCAUGGUGAUUUUGUUACUAUUAUUGACUUACCAGAAGGAGAACAUCAAUAUAAAUUCUAUGUUGAUGGAGAAUGGAGGCAUGAUCCUGGUUUGAAAAUAGUUGACAAUGGUAUGGGUUCUAAGAACAACUUAGUAUCUGUAAGAAAAUCAGACUUUGAAGUUUUUCAAGCUCUUGCUAAAGAUAGCGAAGGUGUUUCUAAUAGUAUUCAAACUGAAUAUGGUCAAGAAAUUCCACUUCAUAAACCAUGGGAAAAAAUAGUUGGACCGCCAAUUUUACCACCACAUUUAUUGCAAGUUAUUCUUAAUAAAGAUACACCAUUAUCUUGUGAACCAACUCUUCUACCAGAACCAAAUCACGUGAUGUUGAAUCAUUUAUAUGCUUUGAGUAUUAAAGAUAGUGUUAUGGUUUUAUCAGCCACGCAUCGCUAUCGAAAAAAAUAUGUAACUACUCUAUUAUAUAAACCAAUUUAAUGAUUUACAUCAUUCCUACAUGCGUGAUACUUAAUUAUUUUGGAACGAUAUCAUUAUAUGAAUAAUGAAUUGCACUCACUAUUCAAAUAGCUGAAUUUGUAGGUAAGCUGAAUUAUAAAUGAUAAAAGUUGUUUAACUGCAAAACAAUAUAGUUAAUAUUUAUUAAAGCAAAUCAAGUAUACAUUUUUUAGAAUAUAGUGCUAUAUUGUAUAUUACCUGUAAUUAAGCAAACAAGAAAAGCAAAUUUUGAUUACUAUUGAAUGAACUCUAUAAUCAUUUGAUAUAAUAAUUAAAGAAUUAUAAGAAUUGUUUUUUUCCUAUUAUAACAAAAUUAGAAUUUAAAUAUCAUUGUUGGUUAUUUCUGGUAGAUACGCAUAAGGUGGUUCAGAUCGUGUUCUAAGAAAAUAAGAUCCACUAGCAGAUUUAUCUACAUGUUCUCCCAUUAAAACUAUCCUGGAAUCAAUGCAAUCACCAUUUAUAUAACGAUCCCAAUUUUCGCAUUUUACUGCAGGAAAUCCAGUCUUGGAAUUAAUACUUUCUGUAAAAUAAACGUAGGAUCGUCCGUGACUGCAAGCUUCUAAAAUAGGAAAGAUACAAAUGUGUUAUUUUGAAAUCUUUCGAUGCUAGUUUCGUGAGAUAUAUCUUACCCAUGACUUCUGGGACACAGCAACAACCAGGUUGAACAGCUGUUCCUGCAUUUGGAUAAAAAUCGAUUUUACCUAGGGGUUGAAGAUAACCUAGAAUACCACCACAAGAAUGAAUAACAUCAACAAAUAUCGCAUCGGUUAAAUCCAAACGAGUUUUAUUAGAAGCAAGCAUGUGGAAUCCAGGCAAUGCUGGGUCCAAUCCGGUAAUUCUGCCUAAUUUACCAGAAGUUAUUGCAUCUCCAGCAUUACCAGCUACAUGCGCACCCAAAGAAUGACCUAAGAUAUAUUUGACAAUGUAGAAAAAUGUACAUUAUAUAACUUUUUCAAUUAUGUAUAGUUUAAUUUUGUCUUAAGAUUAACAUAAGAUAUACCGAGGAAAUGAACGUCUUCAGCGGUUAAAUCAGUUUCUGUAACUAAAAAGUCGAUGAAAUUAGCAGCAUCCUUUCCUACACGAACGGUAUUUUGCAUGGGACCAAGAUAAAAGGUACUUGCAGCUAAAGGUUCCCAGUCAACAAGAAUGACAUUGUAAUCAUCGUGUUGCAAGUAAGCUGUACAAUAAUCAAAAUGUAACUUGUUCAAUUACACAUAGACAGAUACAAUUUUAUAAUCAAAUAUUAACUAACCUUCUUUCAUGUUUCUGAGACCAGAGCUCAUAGAACUGGACUUCCAUCCAUGUGUUAUGAACUUUGUUUUUCGUGAUGCUUUAAAAUCUGAAUCGAAAAGUCCUGCAGUAUCAUUAAUCAUAAGUCUCGUGCCAUUUUCUGGACCAGACCUUUAAUUAUAUUUUACAAUAUAUAAAGAUCUUAAUAAUUUAUCGUGUAAGAUAAAUAAAUAUAUAAGUGUACCUUGUGUAAAGGAUA